AUGCCUCGUCGCCAUUCGUUGUCGUCGUUCACCAUGACGACUCACACACACAAGCACAUUCCCACAUCGGCCACAUCACACCCUGACAACCCAAUACCCACAGAGCCCGUCUCUAUCCCACAAGGCAGCAUGUCGCCCUCCAAGCGAUCCGUCCACUCACAAUCACAAUCACCACGCUCAUCGGGCGACUCGCUGGGCGAGUCAAUGGCUUGGUCCGAGGGACAUCUCGAAUCUGGAAUCUCGACGCCCUCAACCGAGUUGUACGACCAGUUCGAAGACAUGACACCCAAGGAUAAGAAGAGUCCGAUCGAAACAGAGGUUACCAAGCGCCGCGCCUCGACACAUCUGAUCACAUCGUCGGCCGACGACAUUCGCAAGCUGCUCGGAACUGGCGAGACUGGUACCAAGUUCCUACAAAACUACUGCUGUGGAGCGGCUGCGAACUGCUGUAAGAUCAAGACUCUUCCUCCGGACACAACCCGCCCUGGUUUCAUCCCCGUCGUACUACCCGACAGUGACGCCUUCCGGNGGUUGAACCUCAAGAUCAACGCGUUAACUCUCGAUACUGGUCUGAGCGAUCUUGUGGAACUCCCCAAACCCAAAUACUCACUAGAAUCUGUCUCGAAGGACGAGACCAGUAGUCACCACAGCACGGUCGACGUCCACCCGCCUACCUUUGUUCAGCCCCACCCUCCUUACGAUGUCUACUCUGCACCUGUGUUCCACGCCCGCCAGCUUACCAAUGAAGGCGCCGAAAAGCGUACUGUACACUUCGACAUUGACAUCACUGAUUAUCCCAAGGAAGGAGAUAUUGACUUCAAGGUCGGUGGUGCCGUUGGUAUUUGUCCUCCCAACGACGCAUCCGUCGUCAACACCAUUUUCAACAGGAUUGGUACACCCAAGUUCGUCCGCGACAAGCCUGUAGUACUCAAGACUGAGGGAGGACGAUGGCCUACAAUCUGGGGAGAUGAGAAGCCUCGUGAGCUGCUUACCACACGUAGAGAGCUUCUGACGUGGUGCGUGGAUAUUGCAUCAUCUCCACCAACCAAGCAACUCUUCCGGGUUUUGGCUGAAUAUGCAGAUGCGAAGAACGAGCGCAAGAUCCUCGAAUACAUGGCUAGUGCUCAAGGUCAAGGCGCUUUCUGCGACCUUCGUGUUGGACCCAACAUCACACUGCUCCAACUUUUGGAAGCCUUCCCUUCAUCCAGACCUCCUUUUGAGAUGCUACUCAGUUGUCUCAACCAGCUUAUGCCUCGGUUCUAUUCUCUUUCCAACGACCCUCAUGUCUCUUCGGACAGAGAAGGACUCGCCGGACGACGUCUCAUCGAGAUUGCAGUCACGGUCCACGAAAACCCCAACUGGGAUGGAAAGAUGAGGACUGGAGUUGGUUCCGGCUACCUCGAGCGCGUUGCUCGCCAUUUCAUCGACGCUGAGAAGAAGGCGAAGCAAUCGGGCGGCGAAGUCGAGAUGCCAAGCGUGCGCAUCCCAAUGUUCCGUGGAUUGAUGGCCAACCCUCUCUCCAAGAAGUUCGACUCGGACGGCCCAAUGAUCAUGAUUGGUGCCGGUGUGGGUAUGGCCCCCUUCCGUGGCUUCAUCCUCAACCGUCUACGCAACUCAAAGUGUGCCAACAAAAUUUGGCUGAUCCAGGGUGUACGAGACUCGACUUUGGAUGAGAUUUACUCUGGAGAGCUGGGCGACCACGAGCAGCAAAUCAAGAGGGUUGUCCAGUCUCGCGCCAAACCUCCUCCGGUUGACCAAUCGGACCCUGGAGUUGUUGACAUCCAACCCAAGAAGGGUGGUGAAGUGACUGGCAAAGUCGUGUCAGAAUCUCAAGCAAACAAGGCAGCCAAGUACGUUCAGGAUGAGGUGCGUCUACAGGCAGACAUUGUCUGGUUUGUCAUCAAUGCUCUCGAUGGUCGCAUAUUCGUCUGUGGAAGCUCGCGAGGUAUGGGUGAAGGUGUGGAGGAAGCUCUCAUUGAUGUGGCCAUGGACAAGGGUAACCUCAACUUCGAAGAGGCCAAGGACUUCUGGGCACAGAAGAGGGAUGACGGUCAAUACGUUGCAUUCCAUACGCAAAAUCACUCCAACAACACCUUGAAUCCUAUAUCCACUACCAUCAUGGUCAAGACGCUUCCAUUCGGUUCCUCGGGCAUCGAGGUCAACAGUCCUGGCUUCGGAGCUAUGGGUUUAUCGUUUGGUCUCGGAACCAACUUGACACCCGAACAAGCCGAGCCCGUUCUUCUCAAGGCCGUUGAACUCGAAUGCACCUUCUGGGACACUGCCGUCGUCUACGCAGCAGGCAUCAACGAAUCUCUCCUCGGCGACUUCAUCCGCAAGCACAACGUCCGCGACAAGGUCUUCAUUGCCUCCAAGUGCGGUUUUGCCGUCUUUGAAAAGGCAGGCGUCACGAACUCUGCCGAGCACAUCAAGAAGUACAUUGAUGGCACCAUCGAGAGACUGGGCUUUACUCCUGAUCUCUACUAUCUUCACCGUAUUGAUCCCAACACUCCCUUGGAAGAGUCUAUCCCUGCUCUCGAUGAGAUUCGCAAGGCUCGAAAGACAAAGUAUAUCGGUCUGUCUGAGUGUUCGGCGAGUACAUUGAGAAAGGCGAACGCUAUUGCCAAGAUCGAUGCUGUGCAAGCUGAAUACUCUGCUUUCGAGACUGUCCACGAGACAGAUGGACUGAUUGAGGCGACCAGAGAGAUGGGGGUCGCCUAUGUGGCGUACAGUCCUUUGGGCCAUGGUUGGUUGGUCGGUGACUUUCCCUUCAAGACUCCUGAUGACUUUGCUCCUGAUGACUUCCGCCGCAGUUCUCCCAAAUUCCAAGGCGACAACUUUUAUAAAAACAGAGCCAUUGUCGAGGAGAUCAAGAAGCUGGCCGACAAGAAGGGCUGCAGCAUCACACAGGUCGCUCUUGCUUGGGUUGCCGCUCAGGGCUUUAUAGCCAUUCCUGGUACGACCAAGAGCCACAGACUGGAAGAAAAUUGGACUUCCAGAGACGUUGAGCUGAACGAAGAGGAAAAGGCUGAGAUGAGAAAAAUCAUCGACAAUGCAAAACCUCAUGGUAACAGAUACGGCGAAGCCAACCAGAAGCUGGUCGGACACUAA